CGGAGGCCGCGGGAGCUGAAUGGUCUAACCAGCCGUCGCCUUGCCGAUGACUUCCCGGUGGCGAGCGCCUCCGGCAAAUCGGCCAGCGACAUGUUUGCUGAGCGGUCGCAGGCGCUGGAGGUGGCAUGGGGUGGGGCCUGGCAGAGCUUUGAGGUUUGCGCGCUGAGAACGUUUGGACCCCCGCUGGACUCCACGGCGGACUCGGCGCUGAACCGGUUGUACGACAGCCGCUACCGGGGCGGAGCCCGCUCCAACCCGCCCUCAACGGCAGGGAGCACCCAGCUUGCCGCCGAUGGGAGCAACUAUGCGGACAUGCUGAACAAGGCACUGGCCGUCGUGUGCCGGCAGUUGGGCCUGGUGCCGCAGCAGGCAGGCGACGCCGCUGCCUUCGACACCCAGUUUGUGUCGGUGCCCCUUUCCCUGGCGCCCCUGUUCAACCUCAACGCCAGCCUCGUGGCGGACAGCCCCAGCGCGCCCAGGCUGGAUGGACUGCGCUGCCAAGGCAACGAGACCCGAGUAGACCAGUGCGCCUAUCUUCCCACACCCGACCCCAUCGGAGGAACCUCGGGGCUGCUGCUCUGCGGCGUGGUAAAGCGAGUCACGUGCUUCCCAGCCCAGCUGCAGCCGUGGCCGCCGGCGCCUCCACCGGCGCCGCCGGCGCCGCCCAUGCCGCCCUUCUGUGUGUGUGGUUACAAGGUGCCCGACGUGUCCCCGCCGCUGCCGCCCGCGCCCAGCCAGCCCGCCGCCGGCCUCCCGCCGGGCGCCGGCGAGGGCUCUUUCCGCCUGGUGAACGGCAGCAGCCCUAGUAACGGCAUCCUUGAGGUCAUGUGGCAGUGCCGGUACCGCAAGGUUUGCAGCGAUAUCUGGUGGGGCGACAUCUUCAACCAGGACUGGCCGCAGGCCGUGUCACAGAAUCUGGGUGCGCCCUACAGCUCGCCGGACGGCUACUCCCACUCCACCCGCUGCCUUGCAGCCCACGUGUGCGCCUCGCUGGGCCAGCCUGUCAGCGGCUCCGUCCUGCGCUACGUGUACCUGGACUACCGGGACCGCCCGCUGCCGCCGCUGUUCGUGCCCAUCUCCGGCUCUUGCAUGGCGGCCAACGAGUCGCUGGAGCUAGUGGACGGCACCGGGCGGAUGGCGGCGGCUGCGGCGGAGGCAAGGGCGGCGGCUGCCGACUCCUGGGGCCGUUUGGGGGCGGACGCAACGCUGCGGCGCUCCCCCGCGUACCUGGCGGUCAAGUACCGCGACCCGCGCCUGGCCCAGUGGCAGGAGGAGCCGACGCGCUCUGGUCAACCGGGCGGGGCAGUGGGCGGCAUAUGCGAGUUUGAUAUGGACGACAUGGGCGCGUUGGUGGCGUGCAGGCAGCUGGGGCUGCCGUACACACGAGCACGCGCCGUGGGGCGGCCCAGCGUUUCAGUGUACUCGCUGUCCUGCCCGCCCGCGGCGCCUCAAAUGGGGCUCGCGCUUGACAACGUCACAUGCGCCGGCAACGAGGCGAGGCUGCUGGAUUGCAACCCGCUGAGGCGCGUCAUUAACAAUACCUUCUGCUGCGUGCCCGUGCGCAUUGCCUGCGAGGGCGAUCCCAGGACUGGCGAUGAUGGUGGCAGCAGCCACGGACUGCCUCCGCCUGCCGUCGCCUUGCCACCGCCGCCGCCGUCGCCUGCGACCGGUCCCGGCAGCAGCGCCGCACGCGGCCAGCCCCAGGCGCCGCCUGCUGGCCUGGGCUCACCGGCGCCUUAGCGGGCCCGCCCCAAGAGACUUGCACGGCCGCCCCCGCGGAAACGGUGGGUGUUGGGGCGGCGGCCGCCACCCCGCCCCUAGGCUGCAUUCCUCGACAUGGGGCCUGUGGGGAGGUAGCAUAGCCAUGUAUGCGAAGCGUAAUGUGAAUGAAGCUUAUGGUUCGUAACAAGUAACAACGACGUGGUGCUAAUGGAGGCGCAGCGGCAGUGUGGUGCUGCCUGUCGCCCACCAAAGAAUGAGUAAUGUGCAGCUGAAGUGUAAGGGCUGUUCCUUCCAUACGCAGCCCGUACUACCGUACUCUGUUUAUGCUUCUGUGUGUUCAACGUGUUCAUGGCGUUCACAGAACUGUGCGGUGUUCCCAGGAUAGCUGUUGCCACUUUCCAUCAUGUAUACGGGUGAUGUUCGCGUCAUGAGGAGGUCGGGAGGUAUUGAUGCACGCGCUUUGUGUAGCGCUAGCGCUUAAUCCCAGUUUGUACCGUUCCGGUUGUCGUGGAACCUGGGUUACCUAGGCGUACCGAUGUACCAACCAAACAGGCAAAGACAACGUUGCUCACCGCCAUGGCACGAUGCCCCAGCGGAGCCGUAAGACGGCAUGUCCGCUGGUGAGGGCUGAUGCACUCCCUGGCUUCUGUUGUGGCCACACUGGCCAGCUUGGUUGGAGGGCCAAACAUGCAGCGCCAGUGCGACUGACAGUGUCGUGGUAAGGCAGAGGUUAUGGUACGGUGAGGUCUGUAAGGAUGACCCCCUUGAAGCACGUCAAACGCGCGGGGUGUUGAGUAGAACGGUCAGUGUUCAGAAUUCAGCCCAAGGUGGACAGGCUUGUGGGGCAGGUUUUGGGUACCCGGGCAGGCGCAGAGUGCGGAGCAGUGGCGGCCGGCGGGUGUGGGCAGGAGGUACAGUCCGCCCUCCAGCAUCCAGCCAGGCCCAGGCUUGCCGUUCCACCCGUACGGACCUGUACGGACAUGUGGCAGUCCAGCACUCCAGCUGGUCGCCAUGGUGCCAUUUCAAUGCGUCGGAGACAACUACGCCAUGGAGGCAAGCACGGAGCGGCGCGCUCGACCUGCAUCCCCGGUGUCUGGGACCGUUGGACGUCUAGGUCCACAUGCUGCAGAGUCACCGGCGCGGCAGCCAUUGCUGAGUCGAGACGGCGGUAGACGCACACGCAG